UGGUCCCUCACAAAUAGAAUUAAUCAGAAGAAUCCUGUGAAGAAAUUGGAAUUGUUAUUGCCUCUGAAAAAUAAACAGAUCCUCAAGAGAUACUAUCAGCAUACAUCGUAUAAAAAUAAUCCUUGCUCAUAUAACUAUAACAGUACUUUAGAUCUUUUAUCUUGGAAUGAUAAAAAAAAAUAACUUUUCACCAGUUAUGUUGUUUAUUUACAUUUUUCAUUUCACAAAGCCUGGAAAUAACGAAAAUAGGCUUGUCAGGUUCGCUUUUGAUUGUAGUCAUUUUCAGUUGUUAGGAUUUCAUUUUAUUUUUCUUUUAAAUUCAUAACACUGAAAGGGAAUGUUUAGCUGUCAUGAUUUAGGCCCCAGUCCUAUAAUCUGUUGCAAAUAAACCCUUAUGUCUAUGUGGAGACAAAGGAGUUUGCCUACACGAAUGGCUUGCGGGAUUCAGAGGCUAGGCAUAAGCAAACAUAAAUCAGUCUCACUGAUUCCAGUUUAGCAUGUUGUAUGAAGGUUGAAUUUACUUGUAAAAGAAAAAUACAGCAUGGGCAAAAGUGCAGUUUUCCAAUAGAUUUGUCCUUUUGCUAUUUUAGGGUCCUGUGGUGCAUGAGUGAAAGGCAUAUCAGAUUCUGAUUUUUCUCUUCAGUGCUACCACAGUUUAAUAGGGAAGUGGGGGCCAAAAAGCAAGUAUGUGCUAUGUGAUAGGUGAUGCGUCUUUCACUUCAGCAAGACAUACCACAAAAUGCUGCAACCAAGAGAGGAAAAUAUUGGAGGACAUAUUUAUUAGAUAUGGGGAUGUUGUGGAAACGCAACAGCAUUAUAGGAGUAGGUGGAGGUCCAUUCGUAUUAUGUACCUCACAAUGUUUCUCAGCAGUGUAGGUUUUUCAAUUGUAAUUAUGUCAGUAUGGCCAUAUCUGCAAAAGAUUGAUCUGACAGCAGAUGCAAGUUUCUUGGGAUGGAUUAUUUCUUCAUACAGUCUUGGACAAAUGAUAGCCUCACCUCUGUUUGGUUUAUGGUCCAAUUACAGGCCAAGAAGAGAACCACUUGUUGUUUCAAUUGCCAUUUCUGUGGCUGCUAACUGCCUUUAUGCCUAUGUCCAUUUGCCUACUUCACACAACAAAUACUAUAUGCUGGUUGCUCGUGCCCUUGUGGGGUUUGGAGCAGGAAAUGUAGCAGUAGUUCGAUCAUACAUUGCUGGUGCCACUUCUCUUACAGAAAGAACUAGUGCCAUGGCCAACACCAGUGCUUGUCAAGCAACAGGAUUCAUACUAGGACCAGUUUUUCAGACUUGCUUCUCUCUGAUUGGAGAAAAAGGAGUGACAUGGGAAAUCAUUGAUCUCCAGGUGAACAUGUUCACAGCACCAGUUCUACUGGGAGCUAUCCUAGGAGUUAUUAAUAUUAUUCUAAUCUUUGCUAUAUUCAGAGAACAUCAAGUGGAUGACAUGGGAAGACUGUACAAAAGCAUCAAUUUUGAAGCAGAAGAAAGUGAUUAUGUGGAUCAGGAUGCCCAAGGGAACAUUGACCAGGUUGCUGUUGUAGCAACCAACAUUCUUUUUUUUGUCAUCUUGUUUGUUUUUGCUGUCUUUGAAACCAUAGCUACUCCAUUGACAAUGGAUAUGUAUUCCUGGACCAGGAAAGAAGCAGUUUUUUAUAAUGGAAUAAUCCUUGGUGCAAUUGGCAUUGAAUCCGUCAUUGUCUUCAUGGUGGUUAAAGUAGUUUCUAAGAAGACUGGUGAGCGUGCUAUACUCUAUGGAGGCCUACUGAUUAUCUUGGUUGGAUUCUUUAUCUUGUUACCUUGGGGAAAACAAUUACCAAAUAUCCAGUGGGAAGAUAUAAAGAAUAAUUCCAUUCCCAGAAUCAUCUUCAAUGAAAUGUUUACACCUUUCUGGAAGCUCCAAACAACACAACUACCAUCCAAUCACACAGUAGAGCCAACAGGAUGCUCUGUUGUGCAGCCCUGGUGCCUGUACACUCCAUUGAUCCACUUGGCCCAGUAUAUAACCUCUGAUAUACUGAUAGGAUUGGGCUAUCCAGUCUGUAAUGUCAUGUCCUAUACUUUAUACUCAAAAAUUCUAGGACCGAAACCUCAGGGUGUCUACAUGGGCUGGUUAACUGCCUCUGGAAGUGGAGCACGUAUACUGGGCCCAGUGUUUGUGAGCCAAAUAUAUACUCACUUGGGACCUCGUUGGGCAUUCAGCUUAAUCUGUGGAAUAAUUGUAUUCUCUCUCUUACUCCUGGAAGCAGUGUAUAAGAGACUUACUGCAUUUUCAGUCAGAUAUGGAAUGAUGCAAGGAUAGAUUUAUUUUUAGCUAUGUAAAAUGAAAAUCAGAAAUAUGUAAUUGUCUUUAUUUUAAACAAGGGUGCCUCAAUACAGGCCUAUAGAGCUGUACUUGUAACUGAGCGGUGGAGCCUGUGAAGCAUACAUAGUCUAAUCACUGCUACAUAUUGAUUAAUGCAAUUAUGCUAAGAUUGCAUUCUUCCUUGAUAGCAAAAGUAGGAAAGCUAUGUUUGAUCACAGUACAGCACUAGGGUAGUGCAUGCUGGAGUUCGUAGUUUCCAAAAGUGUCAGACCUUUGUGUUAAACGAAAUGGCAACCGUAGGCCCUAGUUGUAGGAGUAUAGUGGCCAUAUUGUAAGCACACCCUUUUUAAAAAGAAAAAAAAUGCUGCCUUGAUUCUAUGAAUCAGGACUACUAAAGCUUCUUGUAACUACAAGGUUGAUUGAACCAUGUGCACUUUGAAUCAAAACACCUACCUCUUUUAAUCAAAUAAGUGAAUGUUUGUUUUCUGACAUGCAGCUUGUUUCAAUGGAUUAACCAACAGCUAAUAGGAAAAAUAAACAUUUUGUUCUAACAAGACACCUGUAAUUUAUUGUGAAAUAGAUAUGGGUGGCAACUAUUCAAAAUAUUCCAACAGCUUUGAGUGAUUUAAGAUGAAAUAUAAACACUGAGGCUGGGAUUUUCACAGGAACAUCUUUGAGUUUGGUGUCCAACUCCCAUUGAAUUUUAAUGGGUUUUGGGUAUCUCUUAUUUUCCUGUGAAAAUCCCAAUCUAAAAUGAGUUAUUUGCAGAUCAUAAUUUAAUGCAUACAAGUUCAAGAAUGUGAUUUAUAUAAUUACACAAUCACAUAGUAAAGUUAUGACGACAUCAAAUCAGAUUCACUAAUGGAUAAGAAUUAUGCAUUCUAAACUGUAUUUCAAACAAAGAAGUAUCCCUCUGUAGCUGAAAUUAGAGCCAUGGCUGCUCUUCAGUAUGUCUAACUGUACGCUGAUUUUA